AUGUACCCCUUCGUCACCUCCACUCUUCCGCCUUUUGCUGUUCAGUACCAGGAGCCGACACACUUGAGAUCUAAAGAGCUCAAGACGACUCCGGCGCCUAGCACGGUCAAUCAGCCCCGCCUCCCAGAAACAGGAACGCGCAUCGCCCUCGCCCCCUGGUGGUUGAGCAGGGGAGGGUCCAACUCCACCAUAGGGCCGGGGAGAGAAGGCCGAGAUGUGGGAACUGGUUUAGGACUGGAAGGAAUCCCGGGGCCUCGGAGCCGCGACCAGACCAUAUGCCGCGCACGCUUGCACCCUCCCCGAAGGAUACAGGUGCCUGGAGCCACCGCUGCUCCGUUCCCUAGAUCCGGCAGCGCAGUCCGCCCCGCCCCCCUGCGUGGAGAUGGUUUCCCGCUCUCCAGGCUCCAAAUAGGCUCCCCGUUACCUGGUUCUGGGAGUUCCAGGUGUCCCGGCUCCCUGUGGACCCCCAGGGGGUCGGGAGGCUCCCCCCACCCCGACCCGGGCUGGGGGGGCCGCUCCGCCCCGUGGCGCAGUUGGAUUUUCCAACACAAACACCCGCCCCUGCCCGCCCAUGGCCCCGCCCCGCCCCGCCCCUGCCCCAUCCCGGUCCGGGCCCCUAUGCCCAGCGCUCCCGGAUCGGGCCCCGCCCUUCCCUGCUUCGUACCCGCCCUUCCCCAGCCUCGUACCUAA